AUGAGGGAUGACAUGCAGCAAAGGGCAGAGGUCAGAUUCGAACCCACUGUGGCCUCCGUGCACGGGGCGUGCAACAUAACCGCGAGGCUAUCCGACGCCCCUCUCUGCAGCUUUUGUGCCUUCAUAGCUGCAAAGGGCGGAGGAGGAGGAGGAGGAGGAGGAGGAGGAGGACGCAGGUGGAAGACGACGACGACGCCGACGCCGAUCGACCACAGGAGGUUCGAGUCUGUGAGGAAGAGAAGGCGAGAGAUCCAGAAGAGGGGAGUUGAAUCGCUCUCCCCCCAAAAAUACUCAAAGACGACCGGGGGAAAUAUGCGGUUUCCACUCCUCUGGCUGAUAGGUCUACUUGCAGGGCUGGAACACUGCUGUGCAGUUGCCGACCUGAAGGACUGCGUGGCCGCAGGCAGCAAGUGUCACCCUCAGGCUGAGUGCUUGAAGGUCCAGAACAACUUCACCUGCGCCUGCCGCAUGGGUUACCAGGGCGACGGUCUGCUGUGCAGUGACAUCGAUGAAUGUCUCAGUGGCCUGCACGGCUGUCACCGGAGGGCCCGCUGCAACAACACCCUGGGCAGCUACAGCUGCGUCUGCACCGAUGGAUAUGUUGGAGACGGCACCAACUGCCAGGACAUUGAUGAGUGCCAAAAAGAAAAUGGGGGUUGCCAUGCCAACGCCCUCUGUACAAACAUUGAGGGGGGGCGACAGUGUCAGUGUAAUAAUGGAUUCCGGGGAAACGGCUUCCAGUGCUCUGAUAUCAAUGAAUGCGCUAACCAAAGAACUUGCCACUGGAACGCCACGUGCACCAACAACCCUGGGUCCUACGUGUGUACAUGUAAUUCUGGAUAUAAGGGCAACGGAAACUACUUGUGUCUUGACAUAGAUGAGUGUUCAGAGACUCCUCAGGUGUGUUCUUCUUCACUCGGCUACAGAGGCUGCAAAAAUCUGCCCGGCUCUUAUCGCUGCACAUGCAGCACGGGCUUUGAAAGUAACGGCCAGAACUGUGUGGACAUCGAUGAAUGUGCAAGCAACAUCUGUAGUCUGUAUGCAGACUGUGUGAACACCAUGGGAUCAUACCGGUGUACCUGCGAUAGUGGUUUUGUAGGAAAUGGAUUGACAUGUGCCGACAUAAAUGAAUGUAUUGAUAGUAAUCAGUGUGACUCCAACUCUGUUUGCAUCAACCGGCUGGGGAGUUACGAGUGCUCCUGUCUGAAUGGUUUUGUAGGAGAUGGCCGACUAUGUGAAGACAUCAAUGAGUGUGAAACACCAGGCAUCUGCCCGUCUGCCACUACUUGUGUCAACACUGGUGGGUCGUAUUACUGCGACUGUGGCAGUGGCUUCAUCUUCAAUAAUUCCAAGUGCCAAGACCUGGAUGAGUGCAUGGCAGGCCGCUGCAACCCUGAUGCUACCUGCACAAAUUCCCCAGGCUCCUUCUCCUGUCAGUGUGCUGCAGGGUACAUGGGAGAUGGCUUCACCUGUGAUGAUAUAGAUGAGUGCUCACUGGCUAAGCAGUGCCACUCUAAUGCCCUAUGCAUGAACCUUCCUGGCUCCUAUAACUGCACCUGUAGUGUAGGUUACUCUGGAGAUGGAGUGAUCCAAUGCAAUGAUGUAAACGAGUGUCUGGUGAAUAAUGGGGGCUGCAGAAACAGAGCUACAUGUGUCAACAACCAAGGUUCCUUCUCUUGCAUGUGUGAGUCAGGCUUCAUCCUGGUUAACCAGACUCUUUGCCAGGAUAUAAAUGAGUGUGAGGAAGUGGACGAUCGAUGUAGAGUGAACGAAGAAUGCAAGAAUAUGGAUGGGUCAUUCGAGUGCCCCUGCAGAGUUGGUUACUUCCGGCCUGCCAGCAACAUGGACUGUGUUGAUAUGGACGAGUGUAAAGACAGUCCCUGUCAUGUCAAUGCAACAUGUCUCAACACCAUCGGGUCGCACACUUGCACCUGUAAGCGAGGCUUUUCAGCAAAUGGCACCCAGUGUGAAGACAUUGACGAGUGUUCUGGAGGGGGUACAUGCCAUCCACGGGCGCUAUGCACUAACUUCGUAGGGGACUUCUUUUGCUCCUGUCAGCAGGGAUUCAUGGGGGAUGGCUUCUCCUGUAAGGAUGUGGACGAGUGUGCCCUCUCUGAUACCAUAUGCUCUGCCUUCUCAGCGUGUAUCAACUCCCCUGGUGCCUAUGUCUGCUCAUGUUUGAAUGGCACAGUGGACUUCAAUGACACCUGUGUACAACCCAGUCCGUUGUGUGACCCCGUCUGCCACAGUCGCGGCCUGUGCCACCAAUCACCUGCUGGAUACCAGUGUGUGUGUGACCUGGGUUAUGUGGGGGAUGGGCUGACCUGCUCUGAUAUUGACGAGUGCCAGCAGGAAAAUAUUUGUCCUGCAAAUGAAACUGAGUGCAUCAACAUCCCAGGAUCCUUUUCCUGUGUCUGCAAAAGAGGCUACGCUCUCAAUGGAACAAAGUGUUUCGAUGUGAACGAGUGUGAGACAGGGCAGCAGGAGUGCAGUGAGUUUGCUCAGUGUGUCAACACAAUUGGCAGCCAUUCCUGCCUCUGUCUGAGUGGCUUUACAGGUGACGGGAAAAACUGCUCAGGUGUGUAUUAA